UAAACCUGUUCAAAUUUCACUAUUUCACUAUGACGGUCAACAUCGCCGGUGUCUUAUCAGUCAUACUGUUUUAUAUUGUGAUCCUUGUUGUGGGCAUUUGGGCCGGACGUAAGAAGAAGUCGGAGGGAGAGGGCGAUGAGUUUGAAACGGAAGAAGUGAUGUUAGCAGGCAGAAAUAUUGGCAUGUUUGUCGGCAUUUUCACCAUGACUGCCACAUGGGUUGGCGGCGGAUAUAUCAAUGGGACGGCAGAAAUCAUAUAUAGUUCGGGCAUAAUCUGGUGUCAGGCGCCGUUCGGAUACGCCAUGAGUUUAGUAAUA